CCUCGCCGGGUCCUCAGACGCUACCCCUGACCACGCCCAUCCGAUCCUUCCAUCUCAAUGUACUCCAAGCUGUCCCUUUCGUUGGGCCUUUUGGCCACUGCGGCGCUCGCGCUUGCCGACCCGACGGUGUAUUUGAUCCGUCACGGCGAAAAGCCCAGCAACGGCAGCACCGGCCUCAGCUCGGUCGGCUUUGAGCGCGCCGAGUGCCUGACGCAGGUCUUCGGCCCGGAUUCCGACUAUGACAUCGGAUAUAUUAUUGCCGAACAGCCCAAGUCCGAUGGCAAGCGGGACCGCCCCUAUGAGACCGUCCUCCCCCUCGCCGAGGAGCUGGGACUGACCGUCGACACGUCCUGCACCAAGACCGAUGCCAAGUGUGUCAAGAAAUUGGUCAAGAACUACACCGGCAGCGGUAACAUCUUGAUCUGCUGGGAGCACGGCGAGUUGACCAGCAUCGUCGAGAAGCUGGGAGACGAUAAUGCGCCCACCUACCCGUCGGACCGGUUCGAUCUGAUCUGGACGGAUCCGUCGCCCUACACCGACAUCACCGACAUCACCAGCGAGAACUGCCCGGGGCUGGACAGCUGAGGUAGCUGAGCAUGUAUGAGAUACGGCUCGACCUCGGGCACUGCCGAGGCAGGUACAUAUGGAUUUGACGUCGGGCGAAAUCGUGACAUAAAAAAAAGACCCACUGGGUUUGUACAUAGUACGUGAUUGAAUAGAAUUGCGAGCUGUUCAACUGC